AUGGCGUUCCGUCUGAGGAGUUUCAGGGGGAUUGCCACGUGCAUCGCCCUCCUCCUCGCCGUUUUCUGGGCCCCGCUCUGGGUGUACGACCUGGCGGGCUCGGUGGUGAGGCUAGCAGGGGGAUUUCUCGUCACUAAUGUGCGGCAGCAGGGAUUCCCCGUGAACCCAAUCAAGGCAUCAAUACGCAAUGUCACGAUGGACUUUGAUGAGCUCUCCAAUCUGAUCACCGAGUUCCUGCAAGGCCCCGCGGUCGACCCUGCAGUCCAGCUGUCAUUCCAAGACUUCCUAGCACACCCACAUCUGGAGUUCAGCCUGGACUGGCUCCUCACCACCUACAAGUUUGUGUUUCCCUUCCUGAUCAUCAGCAUGGUAGCCAAGCUGGCCGGUGGGGGCGAGCGGGACAGGGCCGGCAUCGAGGAGCAGCGCAGCGAUGACUUGGACUCCCUGAUUUCCAUCCGGACCAGCGCAAAACCGGGCAGUCCCUUGGGGCCUUCCACCCCUCUGUCCCAGCAGACGACGAUGGCGGGGGCGGCUGAAGUCGGCCCUGGGAAGCACCCCGACAUGGCCUCCCCCCGCCUGGCGGGAGCCCAGUGCUGCCGAGUACGCCCCUCCGCUGCCCUGCCCGCCCCCUUUUCCAGCCUGGUGGCUGGACCCUCCCGAUCCCGGGCAUGCGGUGCCGUUCUGGGCCGGUCCUUGCACCAGGGCGUGGGAGUGAGGGCCGCAGCCACACCCUCUGCUGUUGAGCCUGCCGAGGAGACCUUCUCCUACCAGACCGAGACGGACCGGAUCAUGGACAUGAUCGUUAACUCCCUCUACUCCAACCGCGACGUGUUUGUGCGUGAGCUGGUGUCCAACGCCUCGGACGCCCUGGACAAGAUGAGGCUGACUGCGCUGCAGAACCAGGACGAGUACAAGUCUGGGGCUGACCUGGAGAUCAGGAUCAAGGUCGACAAGGAGGCUGGCACCCUCACCAUCGAGGACUCCGGCAUUGGCAUGACCCGCGAGGAGCUGCUGUCGUCCCUGGGAACCAUCGCCCGCUCCGGGACCAAGAAGUUCAUGGAGGCGAUGCAGGACAAGCAGGACGCCAACCUGAUUGGCCAGUUUGGCGUCGGCUUCUACUCGGCCUUCCUGGUGGCCGACAAGGUGACCGUGCAGACCAAGAGCAACGCCAGCGAGGACCAGUGGACCUGGGAGGGCGCUGCCGGCGCCCACAGCUACAAGGUCCGUAGGGACGCUGAGGUGGACUUGAAAAGGGGGACGCGCAUCACGCUUCACCUGAAGGAGGACGCCAAGGAGUUUGCGGAUGCCGCCAAGAUCGAAGGCCUGCUGAAGCAGUACUCCGAGUUCAUCUCCUUCCCCAUCAAGCUGUGGACCACCAGCUUUGUGAAUGAGCAGGUCCAGAACGACAGCAAGCCGCUCUGGACCCGAUCCGCCAAGGAGGUGACGCGUGAGGAGCAGAAUGCCUUCUUCAAGACCACCUUCAAGGAGUUCCUGGACCCUGCCGCAGUCUCUCAAUUCAACGUGGAGGGCACCCUGGAGUUCUCCGGCCUGCUAUACAUCCCAGGCAUGGCUCCAUUUGACCAGCAAAACAUGAUGGGCAAGCCCCGUAACAUCCGCCUCUACGUCAAGAGGGUGUUCAUCUCCGACGAGUUUGACGAGGACCUGCUGCCGCGCUGGGCGGGCUUCGUCAAGGGCGUGGUGGACUCCUCAGACCUGCCCCUCAACAUCUCGCGUGAGAUCCUUCAGGAGAACCGCAUCGUGCGCGCCAUCCGCAAGCAGCUCGUCAAGCGCACGCUCGACAUGCUCAACGGGCUUGCCGAGAAGGAGGACAAGGAGGAGUAUGGCAAGGUGUGGGAGUCGUUUGGCAAGUACCUCAAGGUGGGCAUCCUGGAUGAUGCCUCCAACCAGGAUGCCUUGGCAAAGCUGCUGCGGUUCAAGUCUUCCAACAGCGAGGAGGGGCUCACCUCCAUUGCAGACUAUGUCUCCAGGAUGAAGGAGGGCCAGAAGAACAUCUACUUCCUCAUUGCUUCCAGCCCUGACGCAGCCAAGCAUGCGCCCUUCGUAGAGGCCCUGACGAGCAAGGGGUAUGAGGUCCUCUACCUGACCGAGUCUGUUGACGAGCUUGUGGUGCUGAAGAUCCAGGAGUUUGAGGGAAAGACAUUCACCGAUGUGACCCGCGAGGAUCUGGAGAUUGACGAGAGCGAGGAGGGGAAGAAGGAGAGCGCCGACGUCGAGGCCGAGCUCAAGGACUUGACCUCUUACGUCAAGAAGGUCCUGGGCGACAAGGUGGAGAAGGUGGUGCCCUCCAAGCGCCUCACCGACUCCCCCGCCAUCGUCGUGCUCUCCAAGUUCGGCUGGUCCACCAACAUGGAGCGGAUCGCACGCGCACAGGCCAUGGGCGACGCGCAGCAGGCAGAAUACAUGCGCGGGCGGCGGAUUCUGGAGAUCAACCCCAACCACCCCAUCAUCCAGUCGCUGAAGGAGAAGGUUUCACUUGAUAGUAGGGAAGUGAAGGAGCAGAUCCAGUUGCUGUAUGACGCGGCAUCCUUGUCUGGCGGCUAUGACAUCGACUCGCCCAAGGACUUUGCGGACCGGAUCUACAGCAUGCUGGCUGGCAAGGCCGGAACAGCGCAGAAAGUGGAGGCCGAGGUUGUCUGA